UUCCACUGCGUCCAUAUCAUUUUACCCAGAGAGCAAAACAGAGCAAACCAUGAUCUCUAGAUUAUUGUGGCCUUUGGUUUUGCUGGACCUUCAUGCGUUUCUGGUAGAAAACACCAAUGAAGAAAAAAGAAAUGGAGUCAGAAAGCAGAAGAGCAAACCGUUUGUCUCAAAUGCAGUAGAAAAAUAUCCCAAUUCAAGUGAUCAAGAUGAAGACUGUAUUCUGGAAAUGGCCUUCCUCCUUGACAGUUCCGAGAGCGCUAAGAACUUCAAUCAUGAGCAGCAGAAAAAGUUUGUCUUGGAGACAGUAGACAGAAUGAAAGGCCUGCAGCUCAGCUCUGGCCGCACACUCAGCUGGAGGACUGCCUUACUUCAGUAUAGCAGCACUGUCCUUAUCGAGCAAACGUUUAGAGACUGGAAGGGUCCCGAGGCUUUUAAGUCUCGAAUUGCUCCCAUUACAUACAUUGGCCAUGGGACCUAUACCACCUAUGCCAUUACAAAUCUCACUCAGCUCUAUAUGACUGAGGGAACUCAUGGUAGCGUGAAAGUUGCCGUGUUGUUGACCGAUGGGGCCGACCAUCCGAGAAAUCCAGAUAUUUUUUCAGCUACUGCCGAUGCUAAACAUCAAGGUAUCGUGUUCUUCACUGUGGGAAUGACCAGAGUAGCUGAGGAGGUGGCCAAUGCUGCCAAACUCCGGCUAUUGGCCAGUGUUCCAGCCUCCAGGUUUGUCUUCAAUCUGCAGGAAAAAGACGUGGUGGAGAGAAUCCUCAAAGAAAUGAAAGAUCUGGCAGAAGAAGGGUGUCCUCAACCUCCUGUAUGUAACUGUGAAAAAGGAGACAAGGGCCUUCCUGGCCCUGCUGGUAAAAAAGGUCGCCCUGGGGAUGAUGGAGCAUCUGGUGCAAAAGGAGGAAAGGGGGAGCCAGGCUUAAAUGGAAUUCCAGGAAGAGAUGGGACAGAGGGGAAAUCUGGAUACAAAGGAGAAAAGGGUGAAAGAGGCGAAUGUGGAACACCAGGCAUAAAAGGAGACCGAGGUCCAGAAGGCCCAGGUGGUCCAAGAGGUCCCCGAGGUCUGCAGGGCCCCCAAGGAGUGCCGGGAGAUCAAGGACCUGAAGGAGUGCAAGGAUCAAAGGGUGAAAGAGGCCUCCCAGGCCCUGUUGGAUUGACUGGAGAAACAGGAGUUGGAUUACCUGGCCCAAAGGGAGACAUUGGCUUGACAGGCAGACCAGGCCCUCCUGGUCCACCAGGUAUUGGGGAACCAGGUUUACCGGGAACUCAAGGACCCCAAGGUAUUCAGGGAGAGCGAGGAUCAGAAGGAGAAGGGCUUCCAGGACCAAAGGGAGACCGUGGUUUUGAAGGUCCAAAAGGACCUCGGGGCCAACCAGGCAUUGGCAUAAAAGGUGAAAAGGGCGAAAUAGGUCCACCUGGUUUGCCUGGGCCUAUUGGAUUACCUGGAAUUGGGAUUCAAGGCGAGAAAGGGGUAGAAGGCCCCAAAGGACCACUAGGACCAAGAGGGCCACCUGGGCAGGGGUUACCUGGGCCAAAGGGUGAUCAGGGUUUACCAGGAGAAACUGGAGCUCCAGGAGAAAGAGGCCUUGGAGAACCUGGUGCAAAGGGGGAACCAGGUACUUCAGGUUUGGCAGGUUUACCUGGGCUUCCAGGAGAAGAUGGUGCACCAGGACAAAAGGGAGAACCAGGUUUACCUGGCCCACGUGGUCCAGAAGGUGCUCCUGGAAUUGGAAUUCAGGGUGAAAAGGGCGAUCAAGGUCAAAGAGGAAUACGUGGUUUAUCUGGACCAACCGGAGUCCCUGGGCCUGCUGGAGCUAAAGGUGAACCUGGUUCCCCAGGACGUCUGGGAAUGCCAGGGCUUCCAGGACGUGCCAUUACAGGACCCAAGGGUGAUAUUGGAUUACCUGGACCAUCUGGACCAAUUGGAGAGCAAGGGAUAGGGAUUCCUGGGGCUAAGGGUGAUCGUGGACACCCAGGACCUCCUGGUCCAUUUGGCCCCAAAGGAGAUGGCUAUCCAGGCCUACCUGGUCUUCCUGGUCUUCCUGGAGCUCCUGGAGAGCCAGGCCCUGAUGGGAUUGGAUUACCUGGACCAAAGGGUGAUCCAGGUACAAGAGGACCAACUGGUCUCCCAGGUGCAACAGGAGAAGGCCUUCCAGGACCAAAAGGAAAUAUUGGACGACAAGGGCCUCCUGGUGCUUUAGGCCCACCUGGUGAAGGUAUACAAGGACCAAAGGGUGAACAGGGAAUUCAAGGAAUGCCAGGACCACGUGGGCCUCCUGGAGAAGGACUUCUUGGACCAAAGGGUGAUCGUGGAACUGCAGGAGAAAGAGGAAGAAAAGGCGAAAAGGGCAAUAUGGGAGACCCUGGAACAGCAGGAGAACCCGGUAAAACUGGACCCAAAGGAGUACAAGGUCUAACAAGAGAAGAUAUAAUUAAGUUAAUUAAAGAGAUAUGUGGUUGUGGCAUUAAAUGCAAGGAAAUACCUAUGGAGCUAGUGUUUGUGAUUGACAGUUCUGAAAGUGUUGGCCCAGAGAAUUUUGAAAUAAUCAAAGACUUUGUUACUGCCUUAGUAGACAGAGUAACUGUAGGGAGAAAUGCUACUAGAAUUGGACUUGUUCUCUACAGCCUGGAAGUUCGGCUUGAAUUUGGGCUGAAUAGGUACACAGCCCAACAGGAUGUGAAACAAGCUAUCAGAAAGAUGUUAUACAUGGGAGAAGGCACUUACACAGGAACUGCCAUCCGCAAAGCAACACAAGAAGGCUUUUUCGGGGCUCGAACUGGUGUAAGGAAAGUUGCCAUAGUCCUAACCGAUGGGCAAGCCGAUAAGAGAGAAGCUGUUAAGCUGGAUAUUGCUGUCCGAGAAGCUCACGCAGCCAACAUAGAAAUGUAUGCAAUUGGAAUUGUAAAUACUUCAGACCCAACACAAGUUGAGUUCUUACGUGAGCUGAAUCUAAUUGCAUCUGAUCCAGACAGAGAACAUAUGUAUCUUAUUGAUGAUUUUAAUACUCUUCCAGCUUUAGAGUCCAAACUUGUUAACCAGUUUUGUGAGGACGAACAUGGUGCCUUAAUAUAUAACCGAGUUGGAAAUGGAGGAAGCAUCAGUGGAUCAUUGAUUCAUUCAAUGUCUUCUCAUACUUCACAACAUUUAUUACACAUGAACAAUAAGAAUGGACAAGCAGUAUCUUCAAGUACAUAUGAAGCAUCAAUGAAAGACAAUUCCAUAAACACUGGCCAGUUUUCUCAACCAUUAAUUCUGGAAAAAGGAUCACACAGAAUAUUUCUUGAGAACCAUAACAUGGUAUCCAACAAAAGUGAUGUUUCAGUCUUGCCUCCAGUUAACGUUACUUCGGCACUGCCAUUGCCAACAACAUCUUCACCACCACCGUCAUCCCUGCCGUCUCUAACAGCUGAAAAGACACUGCCACCAUCUCAUUCCUCGGUUUCUUCCAUGCCAUCUACCAUCAAGACAGCGAAUAUCCUGAGGCCUCCUCAGUGUCAGUUAAGAUUAGAUCAAGGACCAUGCCGCGUUUAUAUAAUAAAAUGGUAUUAUGAUAAGCAAGCCAAUUCUUGUGCUCAGUUUUGGUAUGGUGGCUGCAAUGGGAAUGACAAUCGCUUUGAUAGUGAAGAUGACUGUAAAAAGACAUGCGUACUUUUCUCUGGAGAUGCCUAAAGAUUGCCCAUGAAACAGAAUGGAACAGAAAAGACUUUUUAAUCACAAGAAAAGUGGUAUAAAACAUAAAUAUCAAGGGUUUUCUUAUUACAGUGUACUUAAUUCAUAUGAGGAUUUUAUCCUGAAAUCACUUAUUCUGGUACACUCUUACUAAAAUCUACAAGAAAGGGUUUUUUUUAACUUCAGAAACUAUGACAGUACCUGCAGAUAAUGUUAAAAUAUGUAUUGGAAUUAUACAGAUUUUCUUUGGGUCUAGAACAAUAUUCAUGCUUCGUUAAUUGCAAACAAAGCAUUUGCACUGGAUCCUAGGUACCUCUGUCAUUCAAACUGGCAUUCCUGUAGGACAAAAGAUUCUAUAACUGUUGCUUGUUUAUUUGAACUCUGCUGCAUUCCUAGCCCAAAUGAUCUGCAAUGUUCCUAGAGAAGUGAGGAAUAGAAUCAGAUCCUUCACUUGCCGGAGAACAGAAGUUACUAAGAUGAAUCCCAGCGCAAUUCAAGUAAAGAAAAAUCCUUGAGUGCAUUGUCAGUUGUCAUGGAAAAAUCAUUGAUAUGGUGCUGGAUGUUUUAAUCUUCUACCCAGUUGACUGGAAGAAAGAAGGAUGGAUAUAAGCCCAGCUGCUAAGUUGGAAACGAAAGCAGUUGAUGUUAUUGAUAAAGCAGUUGAUGAUUUGCAAUAAUUUAGAAUGGGAUGACAUGCAUACUUCUUUUGCAUGAAUGGAUUUGGGAAUCCGGUAACCCUUUUGAAAUAUAAUCUUGUAGAAAGUACAAUAAGAAGUAUCUAAAGUCAUUCGUAACAGUGGCCUGAUAUGUACCUGUAUCGGUGUAAAUUUAAGCAACCUAUAGGCUAAUACUCAGUUUUUUCCAGGAAGUUUCAAAUAACCAGAAAUGGGACUACUUUAAGGGAAAAGAUUACUGCCUUUUCAGAAACACUUGCAAAAAUAAAAUGCUAGAGGAGAAAUUAGCAUAUAAAUCAUGCAUUUAAUACAAGUAUACUCCAGGUCUCACCAGCUAUUCAUGUGAUUGGUCAUGGAGGUCUCUGCUUUCCAAGUCUGAAAGCCAACCGGAACAAUGUAUACUGACAGAUGAGAAGGAUAAAAAAAAAAAAGCUAGAACAUUGAAAGUUGUGAGAGUUGACUAAUUAGUAUUUACAAAAAAUAUUAUCAUCGUUACCUUUGAUGUCAUCAUGCAAAAUCAUAUGAUGAUGCCCAGUAACUGAAAAUUGCUAACAUCUGCUCUGAAACAAACUCAAUCAUCAAUGUAUUAAGACUUAAUCUAACAGCUGAUUUUAAUCACGUUUUUAAUCAAGUGAUUUUGAUUUUAAUCAAGUGACAGACAAUAAAGUAAAAGAAACUGCAAUGAUACCUUAGUGAAGAUAUUUACAUAGUGCUAGUAAAUAGUGAAAAGCUAUUUAUGAUUAUUAGCAUCAUAUAAUCAUUAUCAGCAUAAUAAUUAACAUGUAGUAAGAAAUAUAUUCUUUUUUCACAAGAUACCUAUACAGUGUUGAAAAAGUAUUAGUUUCUUUCAUGGAAAUAAUUUAGUCAUAAUCCUGUUCACUUGUUUUUAGUUUAGCAUGAUAUGCAAAUCUAUCUGUCUAUGCUAUGUACUAUGUGAAUCAGAUCACACUGGCUUCUUCAAACUGUAGUUUAAUAGUUGUGCUUACAUGCACACAAUCACAAUAAGAUUUUUCAAGUAUAUACUACAGAAUUAACAAGUAACUUUAACAUGCUUGUAAUUCCUACCCUAAUUUGAAAUAUCUUUUUUAAAUGAAAAGGUCAAAUCAUGCUGUUCCAGAUAGGAGUAGAUAGUUUAAUUCUAAAACUAUUUCUGACCUUUUAAAACUGGAUUUCAGAUGUUGGUUUACAUGGCAAGUGACAGAUUAAUACAUAUGUUUACAAUAGGAUGUUGAAUUUUGUUCUGCCACAUGCUAGCUGUUGAAAGACUUAUGUUUCUGCUCUGUUUUAUAUUAUACUCAUUUAUUUUCAUUAAACGUCUGAAAUGUA